AUGGCUUCAAUCACCGGCACGGAGAACCAUCUCCCCAAGCUUUCCAGAUUCAUCACCACCCACGAUGCCGAUGCCAAGGCGGUCUUCCACAAAGGCCUGUCAGAGGAUAUGCCUGUUUCAGUUGUCGACGGAUACGGUUACACUUUCUGUCUCGCAUACGCAACGAACAAGUUCCCCGUCCGAAUUCAAGAGGAAGAGGACGUUCAUACUUAUUCUGAAUACCUCGCCAACCCCCCGGCUUGGUCAGCAUGUCUGGAACGGUUUGCCGCAUAG